AUGGCUAACAGCCUUUCGACUAAUCUCACUGGUUGUCACUUAUUCUUCCAGAUUUUUGUGCUUGACAACGUUGACCUUGGCAUUUUCAAUAAACCGCAUAAUGUGCUUCCAAGGAUCGCCGAUUUCGACCCUGAUUCACUCCGUAAAAUGCUCACCAUGGCUCUUGACCCCGUCAAGGGAGCUACGUCGUAUUCACAUGCCAAUCUAAGAGACGCGUCAACGGUGUGUUACAUGCGUUCUAAGGUACAAGUGAAUGCCCCGUCAUCAUCAACCAGCAAGAGGGUGCAUAGGUGUGCAAAGACACCGGUUGCAGUGUCCAUGGUUAACACCACAACUCCUGUUCAUGUCUAUACAAGUCAUGCAUGCAACGACAGCGCCGCACACUCCAACAAGGCUGCACCUGGGCCACUAGAAUUUGCACACUACUUACGGGAGAAGUACCCGCAUCUCGUAGCCGAUGAGUUAACGAUGAUGCUAAAACAUCAGAAUUCAAGGAUGAUAAUGCAGUUGACACAGGCUGGCAACUCCAUAUAG